AUGCCGUCCCUUCUUCUUAUAGUUGCUGUAUUGCAGACUUCUUUCGUUUCCGGGUUUUAUUACGGAUACGGCAGUGUUACACCGACCGAUGCCAAAGCAGAAUGUCAGGCACUCGGACUAAGGUUGGCCGUGCUGGAAACACUCACAGAAUACGAGGAGGCCAAGGCAUUUUUACUCAAAUACGAGAACUUGUGGAGUAAAUCAAAGCACGUGUACAUUGGACUCGAGCGCGACAUAGCGGCAGCCACUGUCAGUUUUAAAUGGAUAGAUGGGACCGCUCUUACUUACGCCACUUCCGGUACCUACCCAUGGAAAGACACUGGCUCGCCGUCAACUGACGUCAGCAAGGCGUGUGUAAAACUGGAAUGGUCCGAACUUAAAUGGAUAGACGUGUCUUGUACAAGUGAAGAAGACUUUCUUUGUGAAGGUUUCCAUUUAGGAACAACUAGUAUUACGUGGAGUAGUGCCAAAUCAGCCUGUGAGGGGAAUGGGAUGAAACUCGCCUCACUUACAACCCAAGCAAAGAGCGAAGCUGCAAGUCGUUAUAUUAACAUCAAACGAGCUCAAGAUGGUUCAGCAUACGAGAAGGUGUGGUAUGGGCUGAAAUGUAAUUCGGGAUCGACAUACAUCCACGAGGACGGAUCAGCCCUGUCCUAUGGUUCUACUUACAACACGGUGCCCUGGAAUUCCGGAGAUCCGGAUGGCUGUAUGUGUGGUCGUCUGAAGCGUUACGAUUCCGCCAGCGAUGCUCCAUAUAAAUGGACGGACAAGGAAUGUGGUGAAACAUUCCCUUACCUCUGUCAAGAUCAAUUUACAAUACAAAGUACCACUCCUACUACCACCACCACUACCACCACCACCACUCCUACUCCUACCACCACUACAACUAUUACCACUACCACCACCACUUCUCCCCCUACCACCUCGAAUACAGAACCACCCACCACCACCAAACCAUGGUGGUUCGUCGAGUACAGUCAAGAUGGAAAGGCCAUAGGGAAAAAUGGAAAGACGUUUGAGGAGUCGGUGCCUCCUGCUCGGUUCGGUAUUAUCGGGAUCGCCGUGGGGUUGUGUACGUUUGGUGUAAUAAUGGCGCUGAUCUGCAUGCUGUGGAAUUGCUGCAUCAGAAACAAGGCUGACUUUGUUGACACGGAGAAUGACGAGGAAGAAAAACCUAAACCGAUCAUGUUUAGCCCCACCUCUGUCAAACCUCACGGCAUUCAGUACAUUGCUUGAA